AUGCUCACGUUUCUCGUGUUGGCAUUGCUGUCUCACCAGCUGUAUGGGGAAGGUAUACCAUCGUGUCCCGACCCCGACUCAAUUACUACUUCUUUGGUAUGUUUGCUAUGAUUUUUGUAAGCCUGCACCUGUGUAGCUCUUAUAAGUUAUUAGUUAGAAGUCAAAUUCUUAGUUUAGAUAGAAAACUAGCUUAAACGUCAUGUAAAAUACCUUGUUUUAGUUGUUAAAACAGCAAACUGACUAAAGCUUUUUUGAAAACCCAAGUAUCUUUAUCCAACUACCGUACUUUAGUGCCAUUUUUAAAUCUUAUCGUGCCAAGAAUUGAUAAAAAGAUCUUUUAAAAUCGUUUAAAAAGUAAAAAUCAAUUACCUUGCUCUGCUUUUACACUGUAAUAUUAUUGUAGUCUUUUAGUCGUAUGACGCAAAACCUCAAUAGUCAACCUUACUAUUUUCAACAUACAAUUAGGAAAGACAUUACUUAGGCUUGUCGUCAUACAACUAAAAGACUACAGUAAUGUUACACUGUAAAAUUUAAGUAACACUUUGAUAAUCACUUUUGAUGUCUUCAAGUAUGACUUUUAGAAAGUAAAAAACGUAAAUUUAAAGCGUACCCAAAUUUAUGUUUUACUUCUUAAAAGUCAUACUUGAAGCUAACGAAAGCGAUCAUCAAACUGUUAAUUGAAUUUUACAGUGUAACAUUACUGUAGUAUUUUAACUUUAUGACGCAAAGUCUUGAUAAUGUUCUUUCUAAUCGUAUGUUGAAAAUAUUAAGGUUGACUAUUGAAGUUGAGUGUCAUACGACUAAAAAAAUACAACAAUUUUACAGUGUAACAUUACUGUAUUCUUUUACUAAAGUGCAAUAUUCUUAUCUGUUUAAAAAAAUAUAGCUUUAAAAUUCAAAAAAUGCCUUUUUUAAAAUAUUUUUUAUCCUAAUAUCUCGCAAGCAGAGAUUAAAUUGUCAUUUUCCAAAUUUUAAAACUACCUUUUAACCAUAUAAGAAUAUUGAGUGCACUGUAACUCACUAGCCAAGAUAAUAUAGCAGUUUUUAAAAACAGUUUUCCCGGUAACUUUUUAUGUUCUUUCAUCCUAUAUAGGUCUCGUUCUAAAACCCGAGAGAUAUUUACUUCAACCCCUUUGUAAGUUGUAUAUAUAAAACCUUGGCAAUUUCUUUUGCAAAUUAUAUAUUGAAAAUAGUAAGCUUGGCGACUGAGGUUUUAUCCAAAAUAAUCCGUCUUACCCUUUAUUUUUAUCUUUUCAUAGCAAACACAAACCUCUAACCUUUUCAGAACACCGACAACAGCACAGACAUCUCCCACAUUCAAUGCAUUUGCCUCAAAGACGUAGACAAGACCUCGUAUCUUGUUCACUGUCCAUUCGAAACCGAGAUCACAUUCCUCAACCAGGUGCUGAACGAGAUCAACGAUAUUAAUCAUACCGUUUCGUCGGUAAGACCCCCCUCACAGUAUUAUAUUUUACUCUUAGAUAGUGGUGACCAACUUGAAAAAGUCCAACGAUACGAAUGUUACGUUUUGGGAAGCCAUUACAACGGCAGCCACUGAAGAACUGGAGGAAUUGACUAUACGACAUUGUAGUGAAGAUAUUAGGCUGGCUAUUUUGAAUGACACGCCUGUUCACAGUUUGAAAAGUGUUUUACAGUUAAAAAUUGAGAACUGUAGACUUGGAAGGAUACCUUCGCUGUUUCUACAAGGUUUGUCGGGAUUAAGCUACUUGUCUUUGAAGGAUAACAAUAUCGAAAAGCUUUUGAAGGAUGACUUCAAAGGGCUUGACAAGGUAAUAUCUUUUGCUGUAUAAUAAUUUCUUCUUUUACUGUACUGUAAAACUUUUACUGCGCUUUUUUGGAGUCAAACUUUAGUUUAUAACGGCAAUAUUUCAGUUGACAACCCUGGAUAUCAGUGAAAACAUAAUCAACAAUGUUAAAGAUAACUCCCUAUCUACUCUACCUCAACUAGAAACGUUGUAUGUUGGAAAUCAUAACAAUAUCACCGAGUCGUUCAAACACGAAAUUUCCAGAUUGCCUUCGUUAAAAGUGAGUCAAGCUUCGUAUCUAACAGUAUCAACAUUUUAUUGAUAAAACAAUGCCUACCAUAUUAGGUAGCUCAAAUAAUUCUGUGCCUCCAAACUGCUAAAAUUUGCUUUUAGAGGGACACAGAAUUAUUUGAACAUCCUAAUAUAAGAUUAUUCAAUGAAAAUAUGUUAUUUCAAGUUUUGUUUUCAGCAAAUCAGUUUAGCCAAAGCUGACGAAGUCUACAAUUUAGACGACUUCAAAUUCUCAGAAGGCAGCAAGUUAGAACGAGCUGAUUUAUCUGGUUGUGGACUAACAGAACUCAAAAAAGAUGACUUGAAGCACUUGGAAAGCCUUGAAUAUGUAAUGUUUUAGAACUUCUUAUCAAACAAAAACAUAAUAUUCUUGUAGCCAAUGCCUUUUCAUUUCAAAAAAUUAACUUUCAGCUAGACCUAAGCGUGAAUCUGAUUGAAAAAAUCGACUCCAACUCCUUCAGUCCGACCAAAAACCUUCAAUACCUAUCAUUGGCAGGUAAUUUCCUGAACGAAACAAACUUGAAUACUGACUCAUGGACUGGACUAGACAGUUUGAUAAACCUUGACCUUGGCUACAACGAAUUCACAGGCUUUGAGAACUCUUUCAAACACUUGGGAAACUUGAAAACAUUGAAUUUAAGAUCAAAUUCAAGACUAUUUCGACUGGAAUCGAAUGCGUUCGAUGGGUUGAAAAGCUUGGAAGACUUGAAUUUGACUGCUUGUUCAAUUAAGCAUAUCGAUGAUAAGGCUUUUGAUGGAAUGGAAAAUAUCAAGGUAACCAAUGACUGUGAAAGACCAUAAUUUUAUAAGAAAAGUGAUAAAACAAGUAAAAAUUCCAACAUGUUCAAAUAAUUCUGUGCCCCUCUCAAAGCAAAUUUUUGUGAUUUAAAAACACAAGAUUAUUUGAACAACCUAAAUUAUAACCCAAAGCUCUAGUUUUACUCUCAAAGACAGUAAAAUAAACUUGACCUUCAGCUCACCAAGUUAAAAUAAACUUUUCAGACCCUUGACCUAUCAUUUAACAAGUUGUAUCAGCUUGAAACGCCGUUUAAAGUCAUUGGUUCUGGACUGAACAACUUGAAUUUGUCAUCAAAUCGACUAACAUUUAUCAACGCCUCCACCUUUUCUGACCUCCACAACCUGACAAUCCUGGACAUUUCACAAAAUCCGUUCGUUUGCAACUACAAAGUUCUUGAACGUGAGUUUAAUUCAAAAAGGAUCCUUAUUAUCAAACCUCUUUCUUUAUAACUCUUACUAAUAAUUCCACUCCAACAACAUAGUGACAUUUUUUAAAAACCACAACUAUCUUAACACAACUAUUAUGUCUUGAUGAUCAGUCUGAUCAUUGACAACCAUUACCAUCUAUUUCAUUUCAAAAUUUCAGUUCAAAAAUGGAUCAACGAAGAAUAUAUUCGAGCAACCAAAGAUUCACGACCAUUUUACUUAGCCAAGCCUGAACAGGUCGCUUGUGAAGAGCCUGCUCACCUCAAGGGCCGAGAGCUAAUGGAAAUAACGAUUGAUAUGAUCAACAAUGUCCCUGAGACCACAUUCACCCCACCUUCAACUACCGAAUCCGACGAACUCACCACGAUGGGCUUCGAUUUGAGCAAAGUAGGGUUACUUUGUCUAUUUAUAAGUGUAUUUUAUAGCCAAAAUCUUGUUUUUCUUAGUCUUUGAAAAGAAAAAGUAGAUUUUUGUGGAUUGAUUAGGUAAAAUAAGUGUUAUUUUCGUAGUAAAAUAAUAAUAACAUCCAUUUUUUGGCACAAUGCGCUCAGUAUGAGGUGCUCAAAAAAGCCUUGCCGUCUCCCGUAUGUGCAAACCAAUACAAAUUACCGACAAAACUUAAUUGCCACCUUAAUAUUAGGUUGUUCAAAGAAUUCGGUGCUCGAAACCCUACAAAUUUGUUUUGUGAGGUAGGGCAAAAUUUUCUGAACAACCCAAUAUUAAAGUGGCAGUUAAGUUUUGUCGUUAAUUGGUAUUGGUUUGCAUGUACAGAACGCGACAAGAGUUUUUAAGCACCUCAUACUGAGUGUACAUUGGUCCAAACAAUAAAUGUUAUUAUCAAUUUACUGUGAAACUAACAUUUAUCCUACCUAAUCAAAGCAUAAACCUCCACUUUUUGUUAAGAAAUCUUGUUUUUUCUUAUAAAACCUCCCAAACUUCAAAUAAGAUAUUGUUUUAGUGGUCCGCGCACAUAGGAGAAGGUAAUGACACCUUAUUCAAGGAAGAGUCGGAUGCUGACAAACCAACCUAUGACAUCAAUUCAAUCAAGUACGGUCAACGACAGACCAAAACUCAGACACAGACGACCUGGGUCACUAUAUCAAGUGUGGCUUUCUUGGUUUUGGUGACUAUUAUUGGCGUGAUAUACGUUGUUAGACGGAAGGUAUGUGUUUUUUAGAUCUUUUAUAUUAUAUUUUUCUAUGCUUUUCUCUUUUGUAUUUGUAUAUCGUUAUAGUUUUCUAGUAUUAUAUAGAUUUUAUAUUGUAGUUAAAUUAUUGUCGUUUUCUUUAGUAUUAAGGUUAAAUUCCUAACUAUUGGGUUGUUCAAAUAAUUCUGUGCCUCUAAGAAGUUUGUCAUAAGCUGCUUCAUGAGCACAGAAUUACUUGAACAACUUAAUAGCAUCAAAAGAAAAAAAUUGAUAAAACAGACAAGAUGAUCACUAUAACCAUCAAAUUUCAGAAGACCAACCUAGUAAGCGAACACUCAAUAAGCCAAGGAAUAUCUUCAUCGCUGUAA